GCACAGAGCCGGGAGGCGAGCGGAGAGGAGGGAGCGGCCCGGAGGGGGGUGCGAGCGCCGGGAGGCCGCAGGCCCAACCCCGUCGCUGCGCCCGCCCGGGCGGCUCCUCAGCCAGCCAGGCCGCCUCCUGCCGCUCGGGCCUGAUUCGGACGCCGCCUACCGCAGCCGCCCGGUGCCCGGAGCUCUGGCUUCGGCUCCGCGCCGGGAAAGGAGAUGAGUGCGACCGCGUCGGCGCCCGAGCGGGGAUGGAAGAGCGAGAAAGUGGACGAGGCGCAGGCCCUGGCGCGCAGUUGCGCCGCCCGCAGACCCGACUUCCAGCCGUGCGACGGGCUGUCCAUUUGUGCCACGCACAGCCACGGCAAGUGCUUCAAGCUGCACUGGUGCUGCCACCUGGGAUGGUGUCAUUGCAAAUAUGUGUAUCAGCCUAUGACCCCCGUGGAGCAGCUGCCAAGCACCGAGAUCCCUGCAAGGCCCCGAGAGCCCACCAAUACCAUUCAGAUUUCAGUCUCGCUCACUGAACACUUUUUGAAGUUCGCAUCUGUCUUCCAGCCUCCGCUUCCCCCUGACUCACCAAGGUACUGCAUGAUCUCAGAUCUCUUCAUUGACAACUAUCAGGUGAAAUGUAUUAAUGGGAAAAUGUGCUAUGUGCAGAAGCAACAGGUGCCCCAUCCCCAGAAGCUGAGCCCUGGGGACGUCUCUGCACACGAUGCCUUAAUUUCAGAAGAGAGUGAUACAGCAAAGCUAGAGCACUGCUCUUCCCCCUCAAGUUCUGAGGACUCGGGGAUCAAUGCAAUUGGGGCUCACUAUGUGGAGUCAUGUGACGAGGACACAGAAGAAGGAGCGGAACUAAGUUCUGAAGAAGAUUACAGUCCCGAGAGCAGCUGGGAGCCAGACGAGUGCACCCUUCUCUCCCCGUCGCAGUCCGACCUGGAAGUGAUCGAAACCAUCGAAACCACCGUGUAGUCAGUCACCCUGAGCUUUGGUACUUCGGUUUGAGGAGUCCUUUUCCAAUGUUUUCGGUGUUUUCUAACCCCCAUGACCAAUAGUAGCAGUUUGGCGGUCCGCUGAUUACUGUCACUCUUAAAUUAGUCUUGUAACUAAAACAUUUUCUUACAGUUUUCUUUUAUAUCUUGACUUGCUUUCUAUGUAGCAUCUGGUGUCAUGAAUUGUGACCCAGCCUUAAUUUCACUGAGAACUUGGAGAGUGAUGGGAUCAGAGUGUUGUGGACCAGACGGAGGUGCUCUUCAGAGUGAAGGCGACCAUAUUUACAGCUAGCCAGUCCUUUGUGGAAAAACUGUCUUGGCUUCCUUUAGGCAUGUUCUGCUGGUCACAGAGUUGGAGGGGACAGCUCCCUUCAGGGAAGAGUGUGUGCUAGCAAUGCCGCUCUGCCCUUUCCCCUUCUCCUUACCACCCGCACUGGCUCUGGACUUAAGUGGUCUCAGCACACUUCUAGGAGGUCACUGGAAGCCCCCUUGGGCCCUGUGAGGGCCAGGUCUGCACAGACCUCUGUGUCUUGGGCGGAACCAGAUCUACAUGUGAGAAGAGAUGGACAUCUGUAGUUUCAUGUUUAAUCCAGCUUUGGCUAAGUACCUACAGACAUGCUGCAGAGUGGUAGGGACUCAGAAUGGCUCAUAACCUAACUCCCACCAUGAAGGGGCCCAUAUUCUAGUAAGGGACAUGAACCAUGCAGCGCACAGUACCCAGGAAGCCCUUGGAACCAAGGAAAAGAGAGAUGAACUUGGCCUGAGCUAGCUCAGAGAGUUGCUGCGGUGUUUGAGCUGACCUCAGGUGGCUUUCCCAACAUCUUCCUGGCUUUCUUAAUUGUUCUUCAGGUCUGGGAGAAACAUUUAAGAAGUUAUGAGUAGGUAUUGUAUUUGGGAGGCAGCCACAUCUGA